AUAUAUGACGUUCGGUGGCGGCACCUCCCGUUAGCUGACACAUACAGGGUACGAUCGCCUAUGAGAACAUCUCUAACACGAAGGGGAGACUAGCACGAAUGACGUAGCUACAGACACAGUGUGAAAGUAUUAGAAACAAGGAGCAGUAGCCUAUUCUGUGGUCAUAAAAGGAUCGUUGCUGUGAGAGAUAAAGCUGGAAGGCGUCGAUCGAUACGAAGGAGACACCGGCUAAGGAUGGUCGUUAAAAUCUACGUAUCGGGUAUCAGCGGGAACAAGGAAGUGAAGAAAAGACAGCAGCGGGUUUUAAUGAUAUUGGAUAGUAAGAAUGUAGAUUAUGAAACUAUUGAUAUAACUGAACCAGGAAAAGAGUUAGAUAAAGAGUUUAUGCAAAGCAAUAGCGUUGGAAGAGACAGUAAAUAUCCUUUACCACCUCAAAUAUUUAACGAAGAUGAAUAUUGUGGGGAUUAUGAAGAUUUUGAUAUGGCUAAUGAAUUAGAUGAAUUAGAAAAAUUUCUUAAAAUAACACCUCCAGUUAGUCCAGAGGAUAUAUCUCAAGAUUCGAAAGCACAAAAUAAUGAUAUUCAAGAGAAUGGGAAUACUUCGAGUCGAGAGCCAUCCACAGACAAAGAUGCAGCUACAGUAAAAUCAGAAAGCGCAGAAAAUAGAACGGAUUUGCCAAAGGAUAAUGAUCCAUUGGAUGGAUCUAAACCGACAGAACUUGAUGGUGGAACAAAAGCGAAUGAAGAAGAUGUAGAACAAAUGGAAGAAACUGGCGAUAAGAAUGAAGAGAAGUCUGAUGAUCAAGAAAAAGAAGAAUAGAGAAUUAUGACUAUCAUCUUUUUAAGGCUGAGUAUGCAAGUAUGAAAAAUGUUCCUGCCAGUUUGGAUGUAAAUAACAGCUGAAGUAGCAAUUUUUAUUUAAAUUUAUGGGUCAUGAUGGCAGACAUCUCUACAUACACAUAUAUAAUCAUUGAUUAAUUUCUUUUUUUUUUUUUUUGCUACUUCUGCAAUUGCUAUUCAUCGUCUGUCUGAUGCAGCAUUUUCACAGGCACAUUGUAAGGCAAAUAGUUUGCCGACAAUAUUAUAAAAUAAUAACGAUAAAAGUAUAAAACAAAAAAGAAAGAGAACAUAUACGUUUAUCAAUAAUAAUACAUUCUAUAAACCCCUUUGAUUUUUUUGUAUUUUCUUUGUAAAAAUAUAUUCUAAACUUUUUGUUAUCACGUUUCUUUAAAUGUGGCUAUCCGUGAAAAUUGCUCUCUUUAUGAAAUUAAUUAUUAUGAAGUAUGAAUAGCGAAAAACAGGAGAAUUUUCUUAUUUUUUGCUUUUUUUAAAAAUAAAACGCAUUUCAGCACGAUACAAAGAUGCAUUCAAUUACUGAUAAAUAAUGAUUAUAUAUGAAAGUGUAAUUAGAUCUUAUCUCCAAAAAAACAAUAAAAUUACUGAAAUACGUUUAUGCUAAUAUGUAUAACAAAAUUUCAUUAUUGCACACACCACUCUCAACAAAUUCUUGUUGAACAUAUUUCUUUCACACACAGAUUCGAACAUACAUAUUCUUAUUAUGAGUGUGUUGCAAUUUUUGUUUCCUCCUUUACAUAACAAUAUGUAUUAUACUGAAAUUCACAUUAGAGUAUGAAUAAAUAUAUAUAUAUAUGCAACAUUUUCACAAAAAGGAUAAUGUAUCCACUAAAAUGCAAUAUUAAUCAAUAAGGCAAGUAUACAUCUGUAAAUCGCUAAAUUGCAAAAUUUCAUAAUAUAACUUUGUGUUCAUUUUCGAUUAACUAAUGAUAACACAGAAGAAAGAUAUAACACAGAUAAUAUAUCGCAUUUUUUAAGAUUUACAAAAUAAUUUGUAGAAUUAUCUAAUACCAAACUGAUUUACAAGAUAUACCCAUAAAAUAUGAAGAGUAUGAUCUUUAUGAAUACUUAAAAUAUGAUUUUAUCUAUUGUUCUACUAUAAUAGAGAAUUGCAAUUUACAAAUGUUUGCACUUGUAAAAGGAGUGCUUAAGUAAUUAUGCAGUCAUAUUAAUGCAUACCAUAUACAAAUUAUUAUGUUUUCUGAGUGUUUAAGUCUCUUCAGAUGCACAUCCAAUUAAGAAAUGUAUACAAAAAAUCUAUGCUUGUUUAUCAUUCUAUAGAUAGAAAAUUAUAUGAAGGAAUAGGAUUUGAGAGAAAACUUUGUAUUGUUUAAACCUAUGGUAAAAACGCUUAGAGAAUUUCUUAAUAAUUAAUUAAAAUAAUUAUGGAUAAACCACUAUUGAGAAAUAUAUUUUAUAAUCCCUCAAAUUUAAUUUAAUUAAAAGUAAUUUUGAUAUUGAGAUAAUAAUUUUAUGUUCAUAUUAUGCUUAUUAAGAACACUAUAAAACUUGAAACUUGAAAAAUAAAAAGAAUCUUAUAAUGGAAAGGGAUCUCAUCAAAUGUUCUUUGUUUUAAAAAAAACAUGCAUCUUUCCGCUUCAUGAAAUUAUAGUGUUCAAAGUUCUAAUGUAUCAAAUAUAUGAUUGUAGUGAAUAAUAUUUGCAAAAGAAAUUACAUAAUUCUCUUUAUGAAUAUGAUAUUCGUAAAUAUCAAAAUAGUAUUAUGAUCGGAUAAUAUGGUAUCAUUUAAUCUAUAAUGUGAUAAUCUUUGUUUUAUGAAUUAAUUGUAUUAUGUAUAAAGACUACGAUUACUAUACAACCACUUAUUGAUCAUCCAUUGAAAUAGUAAGCUUUAGUUACUAUUUCGAAAAAGUAUAUGUUAAUGCAAUAUAUACUUUCAAUGAGACAUAUCUGUAACAAGAGCUUAAGUUUAUCUCAAACAAAGUUAUAUCAUAUAAAUAGUAGUUGCCUCAGUAUAUAAAAGUUAAGUAUGUACAUUAUACUUUAUCUUGGGGGGGAAAAAAAAUAAAAAAUAAAAAAUAAAAAAAAAAAAAAAAUUAAAAAAAAAAAAAAAAUAAAAUAAAAUAAAAUUUGAGGUUACCAAGCAGAACAUUCCUGCCAAAAGUUUCAUAUGUUUCUAAAGAAAAUAAGAUGCACUACUUAGUCUUACAGUAAAUAGAAAAAAUUAA